CCCUCCAACCUGCCCCCAUCCCCCCUCACCUCCAUUCCCGGGGCGGGAGAGGGGGGCUGCUGCUCCUUCUGUCUGCCCAUCCCAGCCUGAGUCACCUCCGCUCUGAGCCCUCCUUGGUUUCCUGCUAGAGAAAGUAAGUUCCUCUUUGGCCUGUUCCUGGGGGAGGGGCAGGUGCCAGAGAGAGGGUGUGUUUGCCUAGGGGAGUGGGUGUUAAAGGCCCCAUCUCAAAACCCUCAGGGAGAAUUGGGGGAGGCAAAGGAACCUGUCCUCCCCAAACCCAACCUGACUUAGCAGCUGUUUCCACUGUCAGGCCUGUCCACCCCUGUUGGACGCUGGCCCCUGCCAUGGUGCAGACAUUUCCCAAGGCCUGCUGGGUCCAGGAAGCCUCACAUGCCCCAUCUGGGUGGUCAGUUUCCCCAUCUGUAAAGUGGUCUCUUUGGGUGGCUGGGGAAGCAGAUGAACUGGCCCUUGGGUGAGUGUGUAAACAGAAGUUCGGGUAUUCAUUCAACAAACAGCUAUUGAGCACGUGCUGUGGGCCAGGUGCUGGGGACACAGGAGCAGCCAAGAGGGACCUUGUCCUUAUCGUGCGAGUUAGUGAAGGAGGUGAGAAUUCAGGAGUAAACAAGUAUGAGGACGGGCUGGUUUCUGAUGCCAACCGGUGAAGCCGGAAACGGGGCUGAUUGGGCUAGUUGGGGGGUGGGGCAGUUUCUCCCAGGAGGUAACUUUUGAGCUGGGACCAGAAGGAGCCAGAGAAAGGGUUCUUCAGGCAGGAGGCUGAGCACAUGCAAAGGCCCUGAGGCGGGCUGUUGCAGGUCAGCUUGCGAUGCAGUAAAAGGGCCCUGUGCCUGGAGCAGGGGCAAUGAGGCGGAGAGAGAUGGGUGUUGAUGUUCUGAUGUGGAUGUAUAUUAUAUAAAGUUUAUGCUGUCCUCCACCCCUCCUCCCCAGCAUUUAUUACAAAUCUGCUGCCCACUCCGCCUGCCCACUCUGUGGCCCCAGGCUCCUGCUGGAAUCUCCUGGAAUCAGAGAGGGUAGUGAGGCCCCAGGAGGCUGUGGGACCAGGCAGCAGACCUGCAAUGCCAGGCCGGGGAGAGGCUGGGCCUUGUCCUGAGGGUGCUGGGGAGCCACAGGUGAUGGUGGAGCAGGUCAGGGAGCAGCUGGAUCUUUAGUCCAGUGGGCUGUGGUCUGAGGGGUCCAGCGAGACCUGAGUUUGAGCCCCUCUGACCACUGUGGCCCCAGAGGGAAGCAGGAGGCUGAAUGGUUCAGGGGAGUGGUCCUGUUCAGACCAGGUUCGAAUCCUGGUUCCGCCCGGGUCCCAAGGUGACAGGGAGCCCCAUUUCUUGGAGCCCCAUGUCCUGAGGGCCCGAGCUCUCUCACUGAGUCCCACCCUGCUCUGAGGUUCCCCGACAGCUCCCCCCGGAUGUGGUCCUGUUAUCUGCCCCGCCAGGCCACCGUCCUGGCCUCCGUCCAUCUGCAGGGUGGAGACACAGGCCCUGGAGCCACAGCGAGGCCGCAGCUGAAUCUGGAGCUUGGGGUGGGGGUGCCUGGGCCUCAGGAAGAUUGCGUCCAGCCUCAGAAUUGUGGGCUCUGUACUGACUUGAGUUGCCCUGCCCUGUCCCAGCUGCCCUCUUUGCAGCUGUGGGGUCUCGGGAUAAUGACUUUGCUCCUCGGUUUGCAAAUCUGUAUAACGGGCAUCAGAACAAUAGUACUUGCCUCCUGGGGUGAUGGUGAAGGCAAUCGCUUAACCAGGCUGUGAUCAAUGGUGUGGCCCACGGGGUGAGCUCCCAGUCACAGGAGGAAACCAAACAGGUGGCAGCUUGGGGAAAGGUGUGUGUCCUGGUUCCUCUUGGCUCUGAGUGCCCCCUCCCAGACCAGCAGGGGCCAUCGCUAUCCCCACUUUGCAGAGAAAGAGCUGAGGCUCCAGGUCACACAGUGGAGCAUCCGUCGUAGCUGGGAUUCAAACUCAGGGCUGAGCUUCCAGGCUCUACCCCUGCCUGCGUGUCUCCUAGUCUCCUAUUUUUUUUUUUUUUUCCUUUGGCUGCACUACGCGGCUUGUGGGAUCUUCUUUCCCCGACCAGGGAUUGAACCCUGGCCCCGGCAGUGAAAACGCCGAAUUCUAACCACCGGUUGUGUGUCUCCUAUUGUGCCUGCAUGAGUUUACCCAUCAGAUAAUUUUUCAUAGAUUUUUGCCUGAAGUGUCAUCCGUGGAGCCUGCCCCACCCCAACCUAAGACAGGGCUGAGUCUCGUCAGCCUAUUUGCUUCGUGAUCAAGAUGUAACAGCCUUUCUGGCCAGGGCAAAAAACUUAAGGCUGGGGACUCUUUACAUAUGUAUAGACCUUGGUGAGUGUGGGCUUCAAUCCUAACUUCUUUGAGGCACCUUGUCCCACUGUCCUAGGGCUUCAUGGCAUUUUCUAGCGCCUGUUUGUGGGGCAGGGGUCAUGCUUCUCUGUUUAAUUUGUGUCUUAGGAACUUUGAACACUAGGAAAGUUUGAGUGGAAUUCUGGACUCUGGGUUCUACUCAGUCUUGGAAUCGUGAGAUUUUGCUGGAGACCUGAUUGGGCAGUUAUUUUUUUGAGCAUCUACUGUAUGCCAGGCAGGGCUACAGUGGACACCAAACUCUGCCCGCAUGGAGAUCACGGUGGGUGGUGGGCAGGGUGGUGGUAGAACGUGUGGCCAUCAGGAGAACAGAGCAGUGAGGGGGCGGGUCCCCCUGAGGAGGUUUGAGCAGAGGCCAAAAGGAGAUGGGAGUGAGCCAUUCGGAGCCUGGGGUGUGGGCACCGGGCGGGGGCACAGCUGGUGCAGAGGCCCAGAGGCCGGGCUGCCUGGCGGGUUGGAGCGGAGGCACAGGGGGAGGAGGAGGGGGAAUCCUGGCACCCUAGACCCUCUUAGGCUGAGUCCACCACCGGCUCCCCAGCGUGAGGGUUUCUGAGCCGGGUGGGACCCUCCUCUCAGCCUGUGGUCAGGGGCUGACCAGGAAGGAGGCCCUGCAGCUUCUUGCCCGGAAGUUUCCAUUCAAUAUCCCCCCCUCCCUCCCGCGUGGCCGUCUGCUGCCUGGCCCUCGGGUCCCCAGCGGGAGGCCCGCUAAUCCGUCUCCAGGAUUAGUGCUCCGGGCGGGGGUGGGGGGAACCACUCUGUCCACCUCCCCCACCCAGCAAGGGGGCCCCUGGGGCGUGAGUCAGGUGGGCCGGGGCAUCACCUUAGCGCCUGGGGGCCGUUUUCUGGGUUAUCUUCUGUUGGAAGCGUGGGGUUGGGGGUGAGGGGACGCUGCAUCAAAUGAAGUCUCGGGAAUCUCCCAGAGGAGGGAGACUCGGCCUCACCGGCUCGCAGCUCAGACCUGGAAGCCUGGGGGCGUGGGCAGCAGCUCUCUUGGCCUCCCACCCAAUGUGUGGCUCCCCUUCUCUGACCCUCGGUUUACUAACCUGUCCUCAACGGUCCCUGCUUCCCGGGUGAUGUGACGAUGAGACACAGUGACAUUUUAAGGGCUGCACAUGUGAUAGGGGGUGAGCUUCCCAUUGUGGAGGGAAACCAAGCAGGGGAUGGCUGUGAGAGAGUGGCGAUGGUAGGGUUGUGCCUGGGCGUCCUGGUCUGUCUUGGCCCUGAGGACUGCCCCCUCACACCUGGCCCACAGGCCCCUUCCGGGCUGCCUGCCCGCUCUAGCCAGCUCCCAGGUGAAGAGGCUCUCGGCCUCCAAGCGGAAGCAACACUUCAUCAACCAGGCUGUGCGGAACUCAGACCUCGUGCCCAAGGCCAAGGGACGGAAGAGCCUCCAGCGCCUGGAGAACACCCAGAGACCGUCUGUUUCCAUCUAGCCCAGUACCUCCUGACCCUGCUGGAGACAGACGGAGGCACACCUGGCCUGGAGGAUGGGGACCUGGCGCCCCCCGCAGCACCCAGCAUCUUUGCAGAGGCCUGCAGCAACGAGACCUAUGUCGAGGUCUGGAACGACUUCAUGAACCGCUCUGGGGAGGAGCAGGAGCGGGUUCUCCGCUACCUGGAGAACGAGGGCAGGAGCAAGGCGCGGAGGAGGGGCCGCGGGGAAGACAGGCGGAGAGAGGACCCGGCCUACACGCCCCGCGAGUGCUUCCAGCGUAUCAGCCGGCGUCUACGAGCCGUUCUCAAGCGGAGCCGUAUUCCCAUGGAAAUGCUGGAGACCUGGGAGGAGCGGCUGCUGAGGUUCUUCUCUGUGUCCCCCCAGGCCGUGUACACGGCCAUGCUGGACAACAGGUGAUGACCUGGAGGGCAAGCGGCAGAUGAAGGUCAGCAAUCGGCACCUGGACUUCCUGCCGCCGGGGCUGCUCCUGUCUGCGUACCUGGAGCAGCGCAGCUGAUGGCGGCCCUGCCCCCGGCCCCGCCUCCCCAGUGCCAAGACCUCCCGUAACAUCACUGAAAUAUCUUUAUUAUUUUUGGAAUUUUCCCUUGGAAACGUGCUCUUCCCCUUGGGGUGGCUCCCGCACCGCACCCCUUCCCCGCCCAGCUUUCCGGGUUAAAGCUGGUGGCUGGGCUGCCCCGCGCGAGCACAAUUCACCCUACUCCCGCCCCGGGGCCUGGACUCGGGAGGAGAUGCCUGGCCUGGUCACUUCCCUGUCCCUUCCUGGGUCAGCGUUUUUGGCCCCGUGUGAAGCUUAAGCGAGGAGGGAGAGGCUGGGUUUUUAUCAUUUUUAAUGAAUUUGGCGUGAUUUGUUGUAGAUUUUUAAAUUUCCCUUUUGCGAAGAAAAACCAAAAACUUGCCCCAAGUGAUAAAUUGGGGGGCUUCAUUCCAGUCCCUGCUUGACCCUCUCCCAGUUUUUGGCUUGGGUGGAGGGUCUCUGGGGCCCUGCCCCUCGCCCUGGGAGCAUUACGUUUGGUGUGUGUGUGUGUGUGCGCGUGCGCGUGUGCAUGUGUGUGCCCCGCAGCCCAGGAUGGAAGCUGCGUCUUAAAAGCUGGUGUCACCCUCUUUUUGGAAUGUGUGUUGCCCUCGCCACUUGCCUUUGGUGGCUGUUAGGGCCCCGUCUGCUCUGCACACCCCCCUUCCUUCCUACUGAGGAUCUGGGACUUCCAGCCAGAAGCCUCCACUCUCAGACUGUCCUGUUCCUCCCUCCAUGUCCCCUUGCCCCUGCCCCCAGCCUGGCUCUGGGGUGUCCUCGUGCUGGUCACCCUGGCCUGGCACAGGAAGCAGGGCUGGAGACUGCACCCCUGCCCUGCACCCCCGUGUGUGUGGCUAGUCGUGCUUUGGGAAAGGUGGAGCGUUCAAUAAAUUUCUGGUGCUCUGGUCU